GUGUCCCCUUUAAAUCGUGUUUUAGGAGACGAUGGCUCGGUUCCGUUCAGACAGGAGAUGGGACAGCAGCAGAGACGCUUCGGUCGGACUUGCAGAGGCUGCUGUUCCCAGACAGGAAAUGCGGCUGGUUUCGUUCAUGUCUGUGGCAGAAACUCCGCUUCAAACUCCGAACCAGCGACCAGCUGAUGACUAAUAGCAUUCACUGACGCAUUUCGUGGGUUAUUUUUAUUUUUUAUUUUUUCCCCAGCUGAAGAAAUCAUGACAGGAACUUUGGUGUUUUCAUGUCUGAUUCUUCUGGCUGACGUGAUGUUUGCAGACGUGCUUCAGCACCAAGGACAGCGGCUGCUGCGCAGUAAAUCAGCAGCUUCACGGCCUCUGUUACACGAGCAGACAUGACGGCUGCAGACAUCUCCUUCGUUUUGUGGAUUUCUGCCAUCGUCUCUGCCGGACUCUGCUGUCCAGAGCGCUGCACCUGCACAGACAAACACAGUCGACAUUUUGCUGAGUGCUCUUACAAAGACCUAACGGAGGUCCCUGAAGGUUAUCUCCCAAAUGUAACGACCAUCAGUCUUUCUUCCAACAGGAUCCGUUUUAUUCCUUUGGGCAGCUUUGAUAAUGUGACCCAGGUGACCUCCCUGUGGAUGGCCUACAACGAGAUCAUCUCUAUCGAAGAAGGAAGCCUCCUGCCUUUGGUUCAUCUGCGUAACUUUGACAUCAGCCACAAUAGGAUUGUAGACUUCCCCUGGGAGGAUCUGCAGAACCUCACAGCUUUGCAGCUGCUGAGGAUGAACCACAACGAGAUGGCCAACCUGCCGAGAGAUGCCUUUUCCAACCUCAAAGACCUGAGGUCCCUCCGGCUCAACAAUAACAAGUUUGUGACCAUAGCUGAAGGGACAUUUGACGGUUUGGUGUCUUUAUCACAUUUGCAGAUUUAUAACAAUCCUUUUGCAUGUUCCUGCUUCUUGGACUGGUUCAGAGACUGGAUAUCAACCACCACCAUCACAGUUCCAGAUCAGAGUAUGAUCACAUGUGCAACUCCAGAGGAGCUCAAAGGUGAACCAAUCCUAAAACUACCUGAGUCAAAGUGCAUGAGUCCAAAUGUCACAGUAGUGAUUGAACCAAAUACUCACACCGCAGCCUUCUACGAGGGCAGUGAGCUGGUUCUGACCUGUGCGUUCAGAGGAAACCCGAAGCCUCUGCUGACGUGGAACAUUCACGGCAGAAAGCAGAAACACUCACUCACGGUGGACGGUUCUGCAGAGUCUUCCAAAGACUUUGGAAACUCCAUUAGAGUCUUUGGCAAUGGGACUCUUCUCAUCUCACAACUCGGACAAGAAGAUGCUGGAAACUACAGCUGCUCUGCUGAAAAUGAGUUAGGUAGAGCUGAGGAUUCAGUGUUGGUGAAGGUGAUGGCCAGUCCAAAGCCAACACCCACCAGACCAAUCACCACAACAUUUACCCCUAAAACAUUUAAACAAACAGACAAAACCUCUAUUUUUGAUUCCCUGCAUCGACCCGAUGUGAAGAGAAAAGACUCUCAGACCCACAUGCCCACUUUUCACCCGGCAGCAGAAAUCAGUCCCAAAUCUUAUGAAGACACAACCAGAUUUCUUCCACGUUCCAGCAAAUGUGGCCCGACGGCUAACACAAAAAACAUCUCCAGCCACGUCUUAAAUGGGAGCGUUGAUGACAUGAAGCAGUACACAUUCGACUUUGGUGUCAUUGCUAUAGGUGUGUCGGAAACAGAGGCAACAGUGCGUCUCAAUGCUCUCCUCAUACCUACAGAAAGGAGCAGCAGCCAAGUCAUGUCCAACAGCUUCCAGACCAACAGUGAGGAGCACUCUGACUUUCCAGAUGCCUUUGACAAUGUUGGAUCCAACGGUUUGUACCUGUGCAUCGCGGCAGAUGGCAAACACUCCGCCGUGCAGUGGUCUAGGAUCAAAGAAGGCAUCAACACAUAUCUGUUCAGUGGUUUGAGACCUGGCACCAACUACUCCCUGUGUCUGACCUACAGGGGGGAGGACUGCAGAGUCCAGGUCCUGUUUGCCACCAGAAGGGUGGUACCAAACCUGCUCAUCAUCAUCUCAGUCAGCAUCUGCCUCCUUACCGUGUCCACUGUGCCUCUGCUCGGUGCCACUUGCUUCCACCUGGUGUAUACGUACCGCAGCAAGACCUACAAGCUGAUCCUGAAGGCCAAAGACCAGUACCAUCUGGAGAGGAACCUGACAGCUAACUUUAACACCCGUCACACCAAGGUUCAGAGGAAGAUCACUGAGGAGGAGAUGGAGAGCAUAGACGACAGGAAUAAAGAGGCAGACACAGAGGAAAGUGUUGUUACUGAGUCUUUUACUUUGUCUCACAGCAGACAUCCAGACGACUGCGAGGUCGGAUCAGAGUACAGUGACAGGUUGCCUUUAGGAGCUGAAGCUGUCAAUAUCACUAACAACUACAGAUAUCUUGAUGAGUAAACGGAGGAUCUGUUGGUCCUAAACAUGUUUUUGCAUUUGUGACAUGUUAAUAUUCUAUGCUGAGAUUCUGUUCUGCUCCACGCUGAUCCGACAUGAGUUGAGCUGUUAAAGUCCGUGACAGGAGGGAGAACCUUUGUGUUCUCUAAACGUGGUUUUCUAUUUAUGGAAUUGGCCGCUACAGCAAAACAAUCAUUGGACUAGCACAGGAGGAUGAAAUUACCUGAACAACAGUUAAAAUGAGCCGAUCACCAUUUUAGCUGUUAACAAGACAAGCUGUUUCUUUUUAUCAAAUUGUAUUCAUGCUAAAUUUGUUUCAUGGUGCCAGUGUGUGGAGAUAGCGAUGGAGUAACCAGACAGAACCGUCUUUUAAAUUUCAGUUGCAAUAAAUAAAGUUAAUAAAAAAAAGACCUGAUUUAAUUAGGUUAUUUCAUAAAGAUCACUGUUUUUCAUUUUUCACUGAAGAAACAAUUCUUCAUUUUGUUCUUUGUCUAAAAGGUGACACUGUACCAAAUGGAAAGGUCACGUCAUGUUUAGAAAUAAAAGAGAAAAAGGAAAUUCACUCCCGGUAACACAAGUCCGUUCAGUAAAAGCACCGUCUCGCUGCUAAUCUGUAAUUAAUAAAGCUUCAGUUUUAAACUAAACCAACACAUCUAGAAAUGAUGGAGUUUGAACGAUUCUGGUCAGAUCUUGGAAAUAACAUCAUAUAAUACUGUACAUGUGUUGUAGUAAAACAUGAACCUUUAGCCCAAAUGCCUGUAAACAAUGAACACACACUUCACACACGUAGUUACACAACAGCUGUAGAACUAAGUGCAGAACUAAGUGUAGAAUUAAGUGUUUCAGUGAAAACACAGAAGCUUUAAGGGCACAAAGUUUAAAUGUGUUGUUGGGAAGAAAUUUGUGUAACACAGAAAACAGCUGAUUGUCCAGAUGUGAACACUACCUGUGAAGAUAACUUUGGUAACUAAAAUCUUAUGUGGUGGUGAAAUGUGUGAAAUCAGUGUUAUGUACCUUACACAUCCUGUGUGCAUCUCCAGUUAAAUCCCACGAGCUGCUGUGUUUGAGGACCUACAUGCUGCCCAUCGUGGAACGUUGUGGUUUCAAUAUUCUAGAUUCAAAAUAACCUUUGAAUCUGUACUUCCUGUUUGUGUUUGUUUUAUAUGUCGCUAGCCCUCCCACGUGCCUCAAUAAAGUCUGGAUUC